UUGCCCGUUGUUUGUGACUCUAAACAUUAUUCACUUCACGUAUGCUGAGUACUAAAGAUCACACCUGUAUAGACUGAGCUAUACUGCUCGAAGCAGCCAUUAGAUCCAGCCUGCAGAUAUUUAAACUUCGCCUGGAAGUGACACACCCGUUGUUAGUGUGUACUCUUGACAGGUCAGUUCCGCGCUUUCGUCCAACCUUUUUGCUCUGCGUUUUUAAAGCGAAGACACACGUCCUGCGUCGACUUCAACCUUAACGCUAAUUUACGAACCGACUCGAUACUUCGGAUCUCAGCAGCGCUUUGCUUCUGGACGUCGUUGUCGUCGUCGUCUUCUUCUUAUUAUUAUUUGCGCUUUUGGAGUCGAUGCAAGGAGCCAGAGAACCGGCGACAAAACUCCCCGCUCCCCCGUCGGAAGAUGACAUGACGGAGGGGGACCUAGGGGACGGCAUGAGUUCCCGGCCCAUACCGCACCCGGACGGUUGCCACCAGACCAGGACCGGGAAGAAACGCGACCUCCCGGAUGUGUUGCCCCAGACGAGGCUCUCAAAAAGGUGCAGUGAGGGGAGCAGUGAGCCUUUCUCCUGGACGUCCUGCAGUGCAGCGUACACGGCUUCCAAACAGGAGUUGGAAACAGGAGCUGGAAACAGAGACGCAGAAAGCGAUGCUGGGGACUCCAGUGAGGUGUUACAGAGGAGACUGCAUGAGGUCAUGGAGGAAGUUGAACUGUUGCGGACAGAACUGGAGGUCACCCAUCGACAUCUGGAAGGCAAGCACGAAGCUCUGAGGAUCUUGCAAGGCCAAGCUAUAUUAGACAAAGCGACCAGUCACACCAAGAUCUUGCUUCAGAAGAGUGAGGAGCGGACCAAAGCUCUGGAAAAGGAAGUGAAUGCUUUGCAGUGGGAGAUCACCUUCAACCAGGUGCAGUUUAAGAACAUAGAGCAUGCCUGGACCCUAAAGUGUGAGAGGAUGUGCGCAGAGAGUAAGGCCUUGGGUCAAGCCCUCGAAAAGAGACUCCAACAGCUGCAUGAGCUACAGAUGGAGAACACCUCACUGAGUCAGCAGUGUCUGGAGCUGCUGGGGUUAUUGAGUCCUCAGGAGAGAAGAGACUUCCAGAAGACCCAGCCUCCAUGCAGCAAAGGGAGAGAGGGAUCUUCACUGGAGCUGGCUGUGUAUGGGGCAUGCCAGUGUGUCCCCGGCGCGGGCAAUCCGUGUCCCUGUGCCAAGAGCGCUGCAGCAAGCCGCAGACAGGUGCACCAGCUCCAACAAGAGCUGGAGGAGCAGACGAGAAGGAAGGAGGAGGCGUAUGUGAUGGUCGACGCGUUCCGCGUCGCCUUUGAGCAGCAGCUGCGGAGGGGCAGCGAGGAGGUGCUACGGAUGGCUGCGCGUGACGGACGCUUGCCACGCCAGCGGCUGCCACAGGGAGGGAAGCUGGGAGCGGUCAGCGUGGCUCAGAGGCUGAGAAGAUUUCUGCCGUCAGCCAGGGAGGGGAAGGUCCAGAGUAACCCCAUGGAAACCCUCCACCUGCUGCUCGAUCUGCUGCAUGACAAGGAGGAGGCCCUGGCGCACCAAAGGAAGGUGAGCUACAUGCUGGCACGCAGCUCCGAGGACCGGGAGAAGCGCACGCGGGAGCCGAGCCAGAGAGAAGCCCGCGUGCGCCAGCAGCCCAAAGAGGACGGAGCGGACGCCUGCGUCUGCUCGGAGGACGGCACCGCUGGCUGUCUAGCUCUCCCGGCCUCCGACGGGCAUGGCUCCGUCACCACGGAUAUACACCUCAAGGAAGAGAAGCUGUUCGGCCGCGGGGAAGCCAGAUACGAGUCGUCGUCGUCAAGCGCCACAGGCUCUAUGAGGGACCAAACGUUGGACUACUUCCUCAGGAAAGGUGCAAUUCACGACAGGGAUGCUGCAGAUAUUAACUGGUAUCAUGCGGCGAACAGCAGGGACAAAAUCAACGAAGCGAUUAAAGGUCCUGCUCAGAUGAUAGAAGCCGAUGUUCUUCUCAGGGGUCGUGACCCGGAGGAACCCAUUAUGGCACACCCUCCUCACACAGACAGUGACAUCAUGCUGAAGGAGUGGUUAAGAGUAGUGGAGGACUCACACAAGGGAAUCAAACUGGACUUCAAAAGUCUGGCGGCAGUGGCCCCAUCCAUGGUUCUACUGGAGGAGGCUCGUGCUCAGCUUAAAGGGCCCGUGUGGAUCAACGCGGAUGUUCUUCCGGGGCCUGGGGGUAGGGCCACACCUUUGGAUGCCCAGACCUUCCUACAGGCAGUGGCUCAGGUAGCACAGGAGGAUGUGCUGUCCUUGGGCUGGACCACUGGUUGGUCCCAGGAUACAGACAACCCAGGUUACAACUGGGAGAUGGUUCAGCAGAUGGAGACGGUGUGCAGGCCUCUGGAGCGGCCGGUGACGUUCCCAGUGCGAGCAGCUCUCCUGCCCCAGUCCUUCCCCCAAUUCCAGUGGCUCUUGCAACAGUCCGACAGGUACACUCUGACCAUAUGGACAGGCCAGGAUGACGUGCUAAAUGUGGAGGAUCUCUUACCCUACAGGCAGCACUUCCACAAGUCCAGGAUUUACUAUGAUCUACUGGAUUCCCAGCUUUCCAAGUUUAAAACACUACCAGGGUACAUGUGAUUGAGGCUUAAGAAGAACGGGAGUUCUGAACGGACGGCCCGCUGUUCUUUUGGGUACAGAGAGUGACGUGUUGGAGGCAGUGCUGAAACAACACACAAAACUGGUUUAAUGACCAGACACAUGACUGCAGUUCAGUGGCUAAUUGUAAAGCACAUUUGAGAGUCACAGUGAAAUUCAGUUUUUAUACAAUUAGAGUGUGCAUAACAAUUAGAAACCACAAAAUAUGUGGUUUGCACUACUGGAAGGUUUGUAAUGAUUAUGCAUCUUGCCUAAGCUCACUAUUUUGUACUAUGCAUUGACAGUAGAUUGACAUGAGGGUUGUUGUUUUUUUUUUAACCAUGACAAUUUUGUUGUAGAAUUUUUUUAUUUCAAUGCAGGCACAAAUCUACAACAUGUAACUGAGCUGUAAGGUGCAAUAAAACGUUUGUUACAGAAUA